UUUGAUGAACACGUGUUCUUGAGCAUGCGCAGCAAAAAUCAGUAGCCACGUGGUUCUAGUACUAGGAUAGACUGAAAGUUUGUAGGUUGUCUUUAUAUAUAUUUCUACGUACAGCUCUUGAUCAUCUGGCAUGGAUUUUGUUAAACUGUCCUACGAAGGCCGUAAUCUGAAAAUGAGGCAAUCCCAACUGACAAUAAUGAACAUCGGAAAAGCUUUCAAGUUGAUCCCCGAUUCUCUCCUUUUGGUUUAUGAGACAGGGACAGUGGCUCUACCUGAUGUAGAUGGACUGUUUGAUGAAGAAGUUGACAGUAGUAUCAAGUGGAGAGUGGAUGGUGAGGAGGUUGCCUCAGGCCAGGGAUCAGCCUCUACAACUGGGCUUGGCCUGUCCUCUAAUGCUACUGUGUGCAGCUUUUAUAGCAGCAAGACACCAGGAGUUAGCCAAUGGAAACCACGCUCAUUCCCACCAAUUGCCUCUAAGAAAAAGCUACAGAGAGAUGUGUCAAGUUGGAUAAAGUCCAUUGAACUUUGUACUCUCAAAGGGAGUAACCCUGUCAUACUGACUGAAUAUCCAAUUUCACUAGAUGACAGCACUGCAAAUGUUGAAUAUAUCCAAGAGAAGCUGUCAUCAGAAGCGUUUAAUGGGGAGAAAGUUAAACUAAUGAAUGUCAAAAACAUUGCAAUUGCAGACACUGAAGCUACCAGAGGAUUAAAGUACUGGAAGACAAGCAAAACGGUCAAGGCUAUGUCGCAAAAUCUCUACAAUAGAUUUCAUGGUGUCCAGCAGGGGACCGAGCCUGGGCCUAGUCGUCAACUGUCAGUAGUGGCUGAGAAUUACACACUCCGAACGCAAUCUCCAGUGCAUAUCUCAGACUCUGAGAGUGAUACAGUUGUGACCGUGAGGAAGAAGAGGAGAUAUAAUAUACCUUCACCACCAUCUGAGUGUGAAUCUAUUACGGGUGAAAGUAUGACUUCAAGAAAGUUAAAUGAGAUAAUUACGAAACUAGACAACCUCAAAGACAUGAAUAUAGCAGACGACAAGCAGCCACCUUAUCAGCAGCUGGUUGACAUCUUUACCUGCCUCAUAUGCGCUGAUGUCAUUACUGAUUGAGUGAGCCGGUUGUACCUCCAUGCUGCCGAAACGUGGUGUAUUGUCGCGUGUGCCUUGACCACUGGCUCUCUACUGAUGCUGUGUGCCCUCACUGCCGAGCUCCACUUCUCUCCAUUGGGUGCUGCCAAACCCAGCCUAUUAUUCGGCCCCUGUUUGACUUAUUGCGAUUCCAUUAACUUCUAAAACUGAACGUUAAAUCUCAAUAUCAUUUAUGAGUAACUUAUUGUUAGUGUAUUAAUUGUUAUUAGCAUGCACCCAGGGUGCAGUUAUCAAUGAUAAUCUUAUUACAAAUACU